AUGAACUUAUGAGUCCCACUUUUAAAGUAGCAUUCUUUCUUUAUCCUUGUACACAUUGAAUAUUUAACUUGUCUCCCAACAGAUAACAAGACAUCAUAUUACAAUGAUAAACCGCACAAAACACCAACUAACGAGUAAUAUGGUGGUGACAACGCUAGGCCCAGACCACUGUGACUUACACAUACUACAUCAUACAAAAGACAACCAGGAAGAAUCUGAGGAAAGCAGACUAGAAGGUAUCAUGAAAAUUGAAGGAAACGAUGAGUCCACGUCGGCUGAUGAAGACAUGGAAAUGGAGAAUGAAGAUGACAAAAAUUUCAUUGAUUUUGUUGAGAAUCCAGUAAAGUACGAAAGUGCUCCCUUCCAAUGUGCAUGUUGUUGGGAGGAGUUUGUCCAUGAACAUGCGCACAUGCAACAUAUGAGCAAGCAUGUCCAGCAAGGUGACAGUGCUGGUGAAUGUGAGAUGUCACAAGAAUGCAAGCCUCAUACAGCUGUGAGCUCCAGCUCUGCACACUCUGCACUCAGCACUGAGAACAAGCCGGCGGACUUCAGCCCUUCUGCACAUACUACUCAAACCUUAGUCGCCCCCCUACCCGCGAGUCUUGCGACAAAUAACGAGAUACAAGUGCCCCCAACUGAAGAAGCCGAUACAAACGUCAGUUGCCGCUACAACAGAUUGACAGAUUGUUUUGUCAAAUUAUACGAUGUUUUCUCUAAGAAAGUUGUACCAAGACAAGACGGAAAAGCUGUUAGGUCUUGUGUGAGUCAGAACAUUGCAUCCAAAGAUACGAGUUCUCAGGCAACAAGUGAGAACGAAGUCUCUACAACAGAAUAUGUUGAACCUGUCACUAAUAAAGUAAAAGUAAUCGAAUCGAAAACUUUACAAAAUAAAACUGAUUGUUUGAAGAAUGUCAUUGAUAUACAAUGUUCGUUACAGAGUAGUUCACACACGGAGGGAAAAUGUUUCAUUUGUGAUAUUUGUAGAAAAGUGUUUAGACGAAAAAGUCUCUUAGUUAAACACAUAAAGACUCACGCUGAAGUAAGAUGGCUCACUUGCAAGAUUUGCCAGUACAAAUGUAAAUAUCAAAGUCAUUUGAAGCGUCAUAUGAGAACCCACACUGGUGACAAGCCAUACUCCUGCAAGAUAUGCGAGUACAAAUGUGCAGAUAGAUCUAAUCUAAUGAAUCAUACGAGAACUCACACUGGUAUAAAAAAAUUCUCGUGUAAGUUAUGCGAUUACAAAUGUGCGCAAAAUGGCAAUCUAGUGAGGCACAUGAGAACCCACACAGGUGACAAGCCAUAUUCAUGUGAGAUAUGCGAGUACAAGUGUUCACAAAGUAGUAAUCUAAGGGAUCAUAUGAGAAUACACUCUGGUAUAAAACCUUUCUUGUGUAAGUUAUGCAAUUACAAAUGUGCACGAAACAGCACUCUAGUGACGCACAUGAGAACCCACACUGGUGACAAGCCAUAUUCAUGUGAGAUAUGCGAGUACAAGUGUUCAGAAAGAAGUAGUCUAAUGAAGCAUAUGAGAACUCACACUGGCAUAAAACCUUUCUCAUGCAAGUUAUGCGAUUACAAAUGUGCACAUAAUUGCAAUCUAGUGAGGCACAUGAGAACUCACACUGGUGAAAAGCCAUAUUCAUGUGAGAUAUGCGAGUACAAGUGUUCAGAAAGAAAUAAUCUAAGGGAUCAUAUGAGAAUACACUCUGGUAUAAAACCUUUCUUGUGUAAGUUAUGCAAUUACAAAUGUGCACGAAACAGCACUCUAGUGACGCACAUGAGAACCCACACUGGUGACAAGCCAUAUUCAUGUGAGAUAUGCGAGUACAAGUGUUCAGAAAGAAGUAGUCUAAUGAAGCAUAUGAGAACUCACACUGGCAUAAAACCUUUCUCAUGCAAGUUAUGCGAUUACAAAUGUGCACAUAAUUGCAAUCUAGUGAGGCACAUGAGAACUCACAAUGGUGAAAAGCCAUAUUCAUGUGAGACAUGUGAGUACAAAUUUUCAGAAAGAAAUAAUCUAAGGGAUCAUAUGAGAAUACACUCUGGUAUAAAACCUUUCUUGUUGAUGCACAUGAGAACCCACACUGGUGAGAAGCCAUAUUUAUGUGAGAUAUGCGAUUUCAAAUGUUCACAAAGAAGUAGUCUGAUGACGCAUAGGAGAACUCACACUGGCAUAAAAAAAUUCUCGUGUGAGAUAUGUGAUUACAAAUGUGCAGAAAAGGGAGGUCUCGUGAAGCACAUGAGAACUCACAUGGGUAUAAAACCAUUCUUAUGUAAUUUAUGCAACUACAGGAGUGUAACAAAUAGUUAUCUUGUGAGGCACAUGAGAACCCACACUGGUAUAAAACCAUACUUAUGUAGUUUAUGCGACUACAGAUGUGAAGCAAAUAGUAAUCUUGCGAGGCACAUGAGAACCCACACUGGUGAAAUGCCUUUUUCAUGUAAAAUUUGCGAGAAAACAUUUUCUCAGAAAAAAUGUUUAGUAAGACAUAUGAAAUCCCCCCACACUGCCACUGGUGAAACGCCUUCAUCAAGUUCGUGA